AUGAGACAAGCGUGCAUUCGUUAUUUGAUUACAAUGCCGGUGAUAAAAGCCGUUGUUGAGUGUUUUCUGGGUUCAUUCACUAAAAUGUCAGGCUUUCUGGAAGGUCUUCAAAAUAAAUUUGACUUCUUCGGGAAAGGCGAGGGUGUAUUCAAUGAGUUCUGUGAAAUAAAUGCCCGUUCUUGUGGUCUAAAAGGUUCCACUGGUGGGUAG